AUGGCGCCCGCCGCGAAGAAGCGGCGCCUUUCGGACGGCGGUAUCGCCAGUAUCGAAGCUGUCGAAGCUGUCGAGGAAGUUCUACCAACGACAAAUGCGGCAAAAGCAGAGUCCACGACAACGAAAGCUGUACCACAGACAAGAUCACUAUUCGUGCGAGCGCUGGCUCCAGAAACGACCACCGAGUCCUUGACAGAGCUGUUCUCAGAGUCCUACCCGAUCAAGCAUGCGACGGCUAUCGUAGACCCGGCGACGAAAUUAUGCAAAGGCUACGGCUUCGUCACCUUCGCCGACGCCGAAGAUGCCUUGCGAGCUAAGCAAGAAUUCAACGGCCGAGUACUCAAGGACAGGAAACUCCGCGUCGAGCUCGCUGAGCCUCGUAACCGCGAUGAGGCUGGCGAGAAGCUGCCGAAGGAGAAAGCUGAGAAGGAAGCUCCAGCCUCCACCAAGCUCAUCGUGCGCAAUCUACCCUGGAGCAUUAAAGGUUCCAACCAGCUUGAGAAGCUGUUUCAGAGCUAUGGCAAGAUCAAACAAGCGUAUGUGCCCAAGAAAGGGCCUGGGCUGAUGGCAGGCUUUGGUUUUGUGGUUAUGAGAGGUCGCAAGCAUGCUGAGAAGGCUUUGGAAGGCGUCAAUGGGAAGACAGUGGAUGGGAGGACCCUGGCGGUUGAUUGGGCGGUUGAGAAGGGUGUGUAUGACGGGCUGCAAGCGCCGGAGGAGACGAAUGGCGCUGAAGCAGAGGAUGACGGCGACGGUGGUGUGAAGCUGGACGACGAGGACGACGAGGAGCUGUUUGCGAGAGAUGCCACCGAUGAGAGUGACAAGGGAAGUGAGGACGAGGCCGAAGACGAGGAUGAGGAUGACAUGGACAUGGGUGAGGAUGACGACGAAGAAGAGGAAGAGGAGCGCAGGCCAGAGGACAGAUCGUCAACUAUAUUUGUUCGAAACUUGCCGUUCACUUGCACAGAUGAGGAUCUUGAGGAUCACUUCUCCCGCUUCGGCAGUGUGCGGUACGGCAGAGUUGUCAUGGAUAUGGGCACAGGUCGGUCCAAAGGGACCGGCUUCGUGGCGUUCUACAACAGAGACGACGUCGAUACUUGUUUGCGAAGUGCACCCCGCCGUACGCAGCCUUCUGAGAUUCAGAAGGACAAGGAUGGCAAAAUCAUCCAGGCACCGACCUCGAUCCUGCAAAACGACGAAGCAGAUCCGUCUGGCCAGUAUACCCUUGACAGCCGCGUGUUACAAGUCAGCCGUGCAGUCGACAAGUCUGAAGCCAAUCGCUUGACCGAGGAAGGCAAAUCCCACCGCAACAAGCGCGACAAUGACAAGCGGAGGCUGUAUCUUCUGUCUGAGGGCACCAUCUCAACAAAAUCAAGCUUGUACGAAAAGCUGUCGCCUUCAGAAAAGACCAUGCGCGAAGCGAGUGCGAAGCAGCGCAAGACCUUGAUCGAAAGCAACCCGUCCUUACAUCUGAGCUUGACACGUCUCAGCGUCCGCAACGUCCCACGCAGCGUCGAUAGCAAAGAGCUGAAAGCCUUGGCCCGUGAAGCUGUGGUGGGUUUCGCGACAGAUGUCAAGGGAGGCAAGCGGCAGCGACUAGCUCGAGAGGAGCUUGAGCGCGGUGGCGACGAGAUGGUAGAAGCUGAUGCUGCACGUAAGCGAGCCGGCAAAGGUAUUGUGCGACAAGCCAAGGUUGUUUUCGAGGGCUCUGGAGGGAGCAAAGUGGGCGAGGAGACUGGGGCGGGGAGAAGUCGGGGGUAUGGCUUCAUCGAGUACUACACGCAUCGAUCCGCGCUCAUGGGAUUGAGGUGGCUGAACGGACAUGCUGUUGGUUACAAGGUCAAUGAGAGUAGCAAGGGCUCAAAGCGACAACCUAGCAAGGAUGAGAUGCAAGAUCGAAAGAAGAGACUGGUAGUCGAAUUCGCUAUCGAGAACGCUCAAGUCGUCCUGCGUCGUCAUGAACGGGAACACAAAGCUCGAGAGCGCAGCAAAGCCGUCCACGAUGGCCGUGUGGAGGCUGCCGCUGCUGCCAAUGGCGAAGAUGCCGCUGCUGACAAGACGGCCAAGAACAAGGAUGGCAAGACUAGACCUGGCUCGCGGAAGCGGAAGAGAGAUCUUGAGGAGGAUCGUAAGACUGGGAAGAAGCCUGCUGCUAGGCCUGCGGCUGCUACUGCCUCUGCUACGAAGAAGAAGGCGCCUGUUGAUGAGAAGACUGCCAAGCGGAAUCAGAUUAUUGGGCGGAAGCGUGCAGCGCGGAAGAUGAGGAAGGGUGGGAAGUGA